AUGACCAAGGCGAAGACCUCAGCAGAGCAUCUCGUACAGGACAGGCCCGACCCCUCGACGCGCUCCGCCAAGCUCAUCAGCAUCGGCGGGAACGCCAGCAAAAACGGUAACAGCUCGACGAACGCGGCUUUCACGCCUUCGCCCUCGAGCUCGCCGUCAGACCUCCGCGCGCAGACGCUCCCUGGAUCCACCUACGCGUCGCCGUACCCUGAGCCGCCGGACACCCCGCCGCCACUCGCACCCGCGAUCGUCCCAGCGGGCUACGCGUACCCCGUCCCACCCGGUACGUCGAGCAGCUGCUCGUCGACGCCGUCCAUCCCCGAGCUGCAGUACCCGUCCGCGCAGGGCCCCGCCCGCCCGCACGCGCAGGUCGACUUCACGAGCGCGCGCUCGAGCCACUCUCACUCGCCGGAGCAGAGCUACGCGCCAGCACAGGCCCAUGGCGGAGGGAGUGGGUACCCGUCCCCGACGGAGAUGCAGAGCCAGACCGCGGCGUGGGUGUACGGCGGCCACGCUCAGCCGUACCACAGCAGUAUCCCCGCACCAGCAGCACCAGCGGGCGAAGUCCAUGUCGCCGAGUGA